GUGUGGACUUGACGACAGUCUUGCAGGCAGUCCGCAGGUGAACAGACUCUCACCGCUUGUAUAAAUCUAUUCUUGAAGGAAGUCAGUGCCACACCUCUGCUGCUCCUGUUAUAAAACAUUAGAACCACGUACUACGUGGGGAGUGGGGUCUGAAAAGACGGGUAGAACCACGUCUUGCGUAAACGCAUACUUUUUCUCCAACUUUGAAUGCUUUUGAGUCACCAGCUUCUUACAGCACAGGGCAGAUUGUUGCAAAUAAGCGUGUAAAUGGAGAAGUUGGGACGCAUAGUGUUAAUGCAAAUCUUUCCGUUAGAGGGACAGGAUAAAAGGAUAAAAGGCAGAUAUACAGGAUAAAGGAAAGGUUCCUCAUACUUUCUGAAAGCUGCCCCUCCCCUCACUACCAUCACUCUCAGCUGAUCCAAAAUGUCCCAUCCAACCAUGACCCGGAAAGACAACCUAAUGGUUUGGGGCGGUAUCUACAUGCCUCGCGUCCUUGGUAACAUGGCCGUCAUCGCCGUCAGCAGCCUCCCACCACGUGACAGGAACUCGUUCAACCCCAAUCUCAUGUACCUCGCCAUCCUAGCAGUGGUCCUAAACAUUCUCUCUAUCGCAGCCUGGGUGAACCCUCGAAGCAUCUCAUCCCUAUUUGGCGCCAAAUCUGGAGGUAUAGUAAACAGCACCUUUCUUUUCCUGGCUUCUCUCGCUGUGCUGCUGGCGCAAACAGGCUUGGUGUGGACAUCAUCAAACCUGUAUUCUGAACUGACCCUGUUCGUGUUGCUUAGCACAUUCUUCAUGGAAGUGCUUCACGUUUAUGUCGUCCCAAGCGACUGGAAGUUUGAGCCGUAUCUCCAGGAUAUCGUCUGGCAGAAUUUUUACAUUCUCUUCGUUUUCCUCAUGGACUGUUUCUACAUGUGCUUCAUCUCUCAUCUAUUCACUCAGGGAUAUGUGGUUCACGUAUGGCACCGAAAGUGAUGUCACAGUGUCUUCUGCUAGGUAGCCUAUCUCGUAUUAUUCAUUUCAUUGGCUCUUACUUAAAACAACUCAUAUUAUAUUAUUAUGUAUUUAGAUAUGUUUGAAAUUGAAUCAUUAUUAGAUAUAACAGAGGAGAAAAGAUUCAUUUACAGUAUUAAGAAGUCUAUUACUUUUGUAAUAAAUGAAUUGGGUUUAUGGUUACCAAAAGGAAUCUAGGAUUAUUUUCUACUGACAUUAAUAGUACUUUUCAAUAUACUAGCCUACCGUUGUGGGGGAAAAUUGGAAGGAAAAUAAGAAGAUACGGAAACAGCUUUAAAAAAAUUAAUUACUUUGUAAAGUAGGCUAAAACAUUACUUAACCGUUAUGGUGAUGAACAUAGACUUUCUUCUCUUUUCUGUGCGUGUUUAGGCUCUGCCUGAAUAUUGGUAUCUUAAAUUAAGGUUAGUAGCUAUUUUGAAAGAGAAAAAACAAAACACAAAAAACCCACAUCUUAUACCGGACUCAGUACUUACAUGAUUAUGGGCCCAGAACAAAACAUCUAAAACAUUGCCAAAGAAUUGGAUAGAACUGGGUGCAUUUAAAAAAUGGUAAAAAAA